AUGCUACCUAUAAGAUGCUGGAAACUGGGUGAUAUUGCACUCGGUAAAAUAUGUCAAAAAGUUUAUGCCAAAGUUAAAGUUGUUAAAAAUGAAGAUGGGAUAUUUUACGAUGAUAAAGUUUUAGGAAUAUCAACCGAGGGAGACGAUGUAAACAUAACACAAGAGUUAUGCUACUAUGUGGAGAUACUAAGAACAGCAGAAUGUAUCUGGCUCCCAUAUACCAGCAUGUUCCUAGCUGAGAGAUCGCGGCCAUUUUAUGGCAUAGAUAGAGCUAAACAAUGUGUAAAAAGGAAACCAGAACUCACUACUAUAGAGGAAAGGAUGGAAGACUUUGAACUAAAUAAUAGUGAAAGUGAAGUCAGUGAUGAAGAACACUUUUCUGAUGUAGAGUUCAAUAGUUUUGAAGAAGAUGGCUCACCAAAUUUAGAAUAUGUGGAUUUGGAAAUCAAUAUAAUCCCCCCCUUGUGGGUUCAUUGGGCUGACGCAGGAAAAGGUGAUCAAAAUGUUUCCUAUCCCAUCCGGGAUACCCCACUAAUGGAUGAAGAGUUUGCACCUGAGGAUCCAUUUGAAGAGUUCAUGCGACGUCAUGAGGAACGUUUGUUUGACUCUGCAAGGAAGAGAUUGAACCAGGAUGAUAAUAAGGAUCUUCUUCACUAUAUUAACAACAUAGAUGCUAGUACAGAGAAUAAAUUUAAUGCUGUCCUGUCAAAAGAAGGUACAAAACAAGAAAUUGAGAACUAUUUAUUUCAAUGUUGGAAGCACAACUAUGAAUACAAAACCAAAACAGCCUUUCCAGAGGAGCCUUCUUCUAUACUAUCUGCACACAUAAAUUGGUGCUUAGUCUGUGGUCGGGGGGACCAUUUAAUUCAGUGCUCAGAAUGUCCAUCUUCAUUCCACAGCAAGUGUAAAAAAAAUUGGCCUGAACAUAUUGUUCAUAGGAAAGACUUGCAGAAAGAAGACAAAUCUGUAGUUGUUGACAAAAUCUUGUCAAGUACCCGUUUCAUAUGCACCGUUCAAGAGAAUAUACAAAACAAACCUAAAUUAUGCCCAAGCUGCAUUUGGGGACCUAGCAUUGGGUAUGAUGAUAUAGUAUGGCAUAAGCUUGGGCACCUGACGUGGUGGCCAGCUCGCGUGCUCUGCCCUUCUUCUAUCCCAUCCUGUUUACUUUCAAACAAACAUACAUCUGACCUUUGGCCAAUCAAGUACUAUGGUACAUUGAAUCAUUCUUGGGCUGAGUUGAAUCGCUUGUGUCUGUUUCAACCAAAGCAUUUCCCAACUUUUGCAAAGAAAGACGAAGAGUUAAGGCGUGCAGUGGCAGACGCUAGUGAUGACUACGUCGCAGUUUACCUAUCUUAA